UCAUGCGUUCGGGUUCACGGUAACGGUAACGUGCGUGUCACUGUCCGCUGCUCGGUGAACCGGCAGCUCUCACUGCCUACAGGCUGCCACCGUUUACCGGCUCCGUUACCGGGUUAGAGGAGCAGCUACCGGGUUAGCUAACGGCUAACGGGAGAUGGAGGAGUUUCUAUCGAGCUGCCGCGAAAGUGUGCAGGCAAACGCGGACCAGGCUGAACCAGGGUUCCACGUGGUUCUGGGGAACGAGGCCUGCGAUGUGGACUCCAUGGUGUCCGCUUUGGCCUUCGCCUACUUCCUGUCCAAGACGGCGCCCAGCAACACGCUCGUCGUCCCGCUGCUUAACAUCCGGCAGGCGGACCUGGUGCUGCGGUCAGAUAACCUCUUCCUGCUGCGCCAGACCGGCUUCUCUCCAGACCUCCUGCUGUUCAGGGACCAGCUGGACCUGCAAGCGCUGCAGCGAGCCGGCCGCCUGCGCCUAACGCUGGUUGAUCACAACGUCCUGCCCAGUUCAGACAGAGACCUGGAGGAGGCGGUAGUGGAGGUGAUCGACCAUCACCUGCAGGAAAGAGAGCCCUCCCCCACCUGCCCUGUUACCGUGGAGACGGUGGGAUCCUGCGCCACCUUGAUAACAGAACGCAUCAUCCAGAAAGCUCCGGAGAUCCUGGACCAGCAGCUCGCUCAGCUGCUCUACGCCGCGAUCCUGCUGGACUGCGUCAACAUGGCUCCAGCAGCAGGGAAGGUGACUCCUAAAGACAGUCAGUACGCUGCAGCGCUGGAGGCUCGGUUCCCUUCUUUACCACCGCGCGGCGCCUUCUUCCAGGCGCUGCAGAACGCUAAGUUCGACGUCUCAGGUCUGAACACGGAGCAGAUGUUGUUGAAGGACAUGAAAGCUGUUUCAGGAAGUUUAAAUCUCGUCAUCUCUGUUCUCUACAUCACACUGGAGGACUUCCUGCAGAGGGCGGACUUGGAGGCGGAGCUCUCGGCUUUUUGUCGGAGGCUGGGAUUGGAUCUUCUCCUCCUGAUGACCAUUUCCUUCACGGAGGGCAAAGAGCCAAUCAGAGAGCUCGCUGUGUUCAGCCACAGCGCCAACUGCAGGGAGCAGGUGAGCGAGUACCUGGAGCGAGCUCGUAACCCCGCCCUCAACCUCUGUCCAAUCAGCAGCCCCCAUCCUCACAUCACAGCCUAUCACCAAGGAAACACGCUUGCGUCCCGUAAGAAGCUCCUCCCCAUCGUCAAGGACUUCCUGCGGGAGCGUGACGGAGACGGUCGCCUAGGAGACGGUGAGGAGGGGGGGGGGGUGCCGCCGACCCCGGUGAACAGCCUGGUGGAGGGUUGCCCGCUGGACGCCGGCCUGCUCGGCCUAUCACAGGCUCUGCACGACAAGAUCAGCAAGAUGGCCGACAGGGACUGAGGCGUCGCCUGUCAAUCAUCCUGACCGUCAGACGGACCAAUCGGGACGGACCGACCACAUGACAUCACUUCCUGCUGCCAGAAUAUAACCAAACAUGUUUGAUUGAACACGCUGACCAAACUCUACACUUCCUGUAUGUUUCACAAUAAAGGUACGGUCACAUGACUCUUCAGCCCCGAAAACGUUUUAACGAACGACGGAAAAAAAGUCGUAAAUCUUUAAAUUAAAACCGAAUUUAAAUUAUAAAUUAUAAAUAAUAAAUAAAAUGUAAUAAAGCUCACAGACUUUUAAUCUGGUAACUUUUCACUUCUCAUCUCAUUUUAUUUCUUCAGUGUGACUUUAAUUCUCCGUCGUGACAUCACUUCCUUUUUCAGGGUUGGAAACGUCAUGUGACCGUCCCUUUUAGGGAAGGAAGAGAUUCUGCUUUUAUUGUGAAAUAGAGGCAGGAAGUGAUGAGUAUGCAGCUACAGGAAGUUACAACAAGGCCAGAAAACAGGCGACGGGCAGCUGCAGCAAACCUCAACCUGCCGACCUUUGACCCCAAAACACUGAAACAUGACAUCACCUGCACGGCCGCGUACUAACAGUAAUAAUAAUGAUGAUGAUGAUAGGAGUUUUAUUGUGAAGGCACUAACAGCUGAGCUGCAGCUUCAAACCAAAACGAGACAAUCAGCAGUUUGUUUUUUUUAAUAAAUGAGAAAUGAACUGAUGAAGAAGUAAAA